GCUUCACUGGACUUCCGCCGGCGCUUCCUGGCCCUUGCUCUGCUUGGGCUGCUGGACCUAGCAUGGUCGACGACGCAGGUGCUGCUAAGGCCCAGGGGGACGAAUGGACGCCCGCCCAGUCCCUGAACAGACUGCUCAGGUCACCACUUCCAGCACCGCGGAUUCGCACCCGGCCGUGGUGGUUCCCUGUGCAGGAACUGAGAGACCCACUGGUGUUUUACCUGGAGGCGUGGCUGGCUGACUCGAUCUUUGGCCCAGACCGAGCGGUGAUUCCAGAAAUGGAGUGGAUGAGCCAAGUCCUGCUUAUGGUAGACAUAGUUAACUCUGGGGACUUAGUUGAAAUCACCAUCUUCGGACGGCCCCGUGUACAAAAUCGGGUGAAGAGCGUGCUCCUGAGCCUGGCAUCCUGGCACCAGAAACUUCGUGCCCGAGCUGAGAAGAUGAAACAACUUGAGGAAUUCUUGAAGGCACGUGCAUCAGAGCCCCAGACUCCGGAGCAUCCUGUUGCAUAA